AUGGCUGGCAGAAUUCGACAACCCGUCGAUGAGAAGGCUUUCGAAAAGUUCAUCUCUGAGAAUGUACCUGACAUCAAAACCCCGAUUGACCUCAAACAAUUUGGCUUUGGUCAAUCCAAUCCAACAUAUCAAAUCACCGCUUCUGAUGGCCAGCGCUUCGUGAUGCGCAAGAAGCCGCCUGGAAAGCUCCUCUCUAAGACAGCUCAUAAGGUCGAGCGUGAGUAUCGCAUCAUGCACGCUCUCGAGAACACUGAUGUCGCGGUCCCCAAGACUUAUUGUUUAUGCGAGGACGACUCGGUCAUCGGAACACCGUUUUACAUCAUGGAGUUUCUCGAUGGCCGCAUCUUUGAGGACUUCACCAUGCCUGGUGUAGAGCCUGCUGAACGUGAGGCUAUGUGGCGCGAUGCUGUGCUAACCCUGGCCCGGUUCCAUGCAGUUGAUUACAAGAAGGUUGGGCUGGAGAAGUUUGGCAAGCCCUCGGAUUUCUAUUCUCGACAGAUCAAUACGUGGGUUACUAUUUGCGGAAGUCAAGAGAAAGCUGUCGAUAUUGAGACUAAGGAACCAGUUGGGAAACUGCCGUACUUUGAAGAAACUGUGCGUUUCUUCAAGAACGAGCGACUGCAGCCCAAGGAUCGGGCGACGCUUGUACACGGCGAUUACAAGAUUGACAACCUGGUGUUUCAUAAGACCGAGCCAAGAGUGAUUGGAAUAUUAGAUUGGGAGAUGGCUACCAUCGGACAUCCUCUCUCCGACAUCUGCAACCUCCUUACCAACUUUUAUUCAGCCAAAGCCCCCGGCUCAACUCCAUACGACACAUCUGGCUUCCUGCCCGGUAGGACACCCGGUCUUCCACAGCCAGAGCAGAUUCUGGAGUGGUACACAGGGCAAAGCGGCUACGACGCCCGACCUGAGGUGCCAUGGGGCAUGUCCUUUAGCAUCUGGAAGCUGGCAGGUGUGUGUCAGGGUAUCGCGGCUCGUUAUGCACUGAGGCAGGCGAGCAGUGAGAAGGCGAGACAGCACGCUGAGACGAGGGGAUCUUUGGCCAAAUUUGCCUGGCAGUUGGCUAAAGAGGCUGGUGCUGAAGAGACAGCGGCAAAGCUGUAG